UGGUCUUGACUACAAUGGACAUGGACGCCAUGAUGAGUACGAUCUACGCAUGGCUGGAGAACCCGGUGAAGUUUGAGAAGUCUCAUGGCGUUAACAACACCCUGGAUACUGAGAUCGUCCCAAAGUCUGACAAUAAGGAGGAGGAGACUCACAUCCUUAUCGUCGAGGGCUUUCUGCUUUACACCUACGAACCUUUGAUCGACGCGCUGAACCAACGUUACUUUAUUUCCAUCCCGUACGAAGAAUGCAAAAAGAGGAGGUGCUCUAGGAACUACACUGUGCCAGACCCCCCCGGCCUGUUCGAUGGCCACGUCUGGUCCAUGUAUUUGAAACACAAGAACAUCAGGUUUGACCACCAGUUUGAGGACUAG